ACAAGGAGACAGAAAGCAGAUGAAAUGAUCAUAAUUCAUAACCAGCUGCAGAACCACUCUCUCUCUCUCUCUCUCUCUCUAAACAAACAAUGAAGAACAACAAAAACAUGAAAAAAGAGGAGUCUUUAAGGAGAGAGAAACACGAACAACAACAAGGGGACAGUAGUCGUCCUGACGUCUCCACGUGGCACUCCGGAAUUGGCUAAAGCAGGAGCCUUUUUCUCUUUCUAUGAGCCAUUCUCGCCUCUUUCUCGCUUCACACACAAACCCAUUUCAGUGUGUGUGUGUAUUUAUCCAUCUACAACAAGAUAUAUUACGUGUCAUCUACUCUUUCUCUCUCCCUCUAUUUAUUCGUUUUGCCCCCCUUCUGCCUCUUGCCCUAAAACACCCACACACCCAUCUCCUAAACCCAUCAAUCUCAUCUGAUUUCUGCCUCAAUCAGUUGUGUUUUGGGUCUUGAUCUGCUUGUUUGACCUCUGAGAAUUGGAGUUUAACUGCAUGAAGUCAUGCAAUGAUUGUUUGAGUUAUUGUUAAACGCUUAAACGAAAGUACGAAACAUAUAGAUUCCGAGAUGAAGAACAAUGAAUCAUCAGCUAGUGAUCUUAUAAAUGGAAACUGGCUUUCGAAGCGCAAACGGAAAAAAAUCGGUGCAGCGAAAUCCAAUGGCAACAAAAACGAAUCUACACCGUCGGAUUCUCGUACUAGCACUUCAUCUAAAUGCAAAAUUAAAGAGGAAAGUUCUUCUGAUCGUUCUCCGUCUAAAAAGAAACGAAAAGAUGGAUCUUAUCAUGAAUGUGUCGUAUGUGACCUUGGUGGCGACUUGGUCAACUGUGAUGGAUGUUCAAAAGCGUAUCAUAUCGCAUGCCUUGACCCGCCUCUCAAGCAACUCCCGAGCGACAAGUGGCAAUGUCCAACUUGUUGUUCCGAAAGUAAUACAGUUGAGGCGGUAGACAAAUCGGAAUCUACUUCAAAACGAGCAAGAACGAAGGUUACAAUCGGGAAUCCCAAAAGUAAAAACAAAUCUGCAAAAACUGAUAAGGUGUCUAGAAUUAUGAGGAACAGUAGUCUCCGGAUCAAAAAGUCAACUAAGAAAACGGAAUCGUCGUCUGUGGGCCCAAAACGGGAUAUACCAUCAUUGGAUGGAUCUCCAGAACAAAGUUCAUCGUUUUCGGAUCUUCAUAAUGAAAAACAGACGGAUUUGGAAGAAACAGAAGUCGUAAAAAACAAAAAGAAGCGAGACAGAGAUAGAGAUCAAUCUAAAGAGGCUGCUACCGUAAAAUCCGAGAAAAAAAGGAAAAAGAUUUCGUCAGAAGAUGUUCCGAAAAGGAAACGGACCGAAAGUACUCGAAAACGGGAAAGCGUUAAUUUGGAAGUUAGUGAAACAAGUAAAUCUCAAACGAAACGAAAAGCGGUUAAGCAUGCGAAGACUAAAUCGUUGUCGAAGAGUGGUAUGGGAAGUAAAAAUAGCGAUAUCCGCUCAAAAGAUAAGACUAAAAUCGGAGCAAAACCGUCUGAAUCACAAGAAGAAGAAAAAGUCGCGGAAUUGCUCAAACAUGGUCUCGACAUAACUCAACAGGUUGAUCGGGUUUUAGGUUGUCGAAUACAAGUUACCGAAAAAACGCCUUCUCAGAGCUCCAUGAUUAUCGACAACACCAAUGGAGAACUAGAGAAGAACACGACAAUUUCCGAUAUUCAAGAUGUGGUUAAUGAUUGUGCAGAAGAGAAUGUUAUCGGGUCAACAGGUCAACCCUCAAGCGAUCCGAAUUCUGUAGCAACGGAUGAGAGAGAUAAAGACGGACCUGCGUUGAAAUCAGAUGAUUUGACAAAACCGACUAAGGAAAUUAUGAACGGAGACGAUACGGAUGAUAUUGUAGAUGAUAUGAAGACGGGUUUAGAAAAGUCGGUAAAUUGUAGUAAAUCUUUAUCGAAUAACGAGAAGACAACGGUAUCGUACGAGUUUUUGGUUAAAUGGGUUGGGAAAUCUAACUUGCAUAAUACUUGGGUAUCCGAAUAUCAGAUGAAGAUUCUUGCUAAAAGGAAACUCGACAACUACAAGGGUAAAUACGGAACAACGGUGAUAAAUAUAUGCGAAGAACGGUGGAAGGUGCCGCAGAGGAUAAUUGCUCAGCGUUCGUCAUCUGAUGGUUCGACUGAAGUUUUCGUAAAAUGGACUGGCCUACCUUACGACGAAUGCACAUGGGAAAAGACAGAUGAACCCAUAAUUGAAAAAUCGUCUCAUCUUAUUGAUUUGUUUAAUCGGUUUGAAACGCAAGCAGUCGAAAAGGACGGUUUUAAAAACGAGAUUUCAAGAGGAAAAGGUGAGGUAACCACUUUAACCGAGCAGCCGAAAGAGUUAGGUGGUUCGUUAUUCCCUCAUCAACUCGAGGCGUUAAACUGGUUACGAAAAUGCUGGCACCGGGGUAAAAACGUAAUCCUUGCGGACGAAAUGGGGCUUGGUAAAACGAUUUCCGCUUGUGCGUUUCUAUCAUCUUUAUACUUUGAGUUUAAAGCCCGACUGCCUUCGCUAGUUUUAGUUCCUCUUUCAACCAUGCCGAAUUGGAUGUCGGAAUUCUCCAUGUGGGCCCCAAACUUAAACGUUGUGGAAUAUCAUGGUUGUGCGAAAGCACGAGCGUUAAUGCGUCAAUUCGAAUGGCAUGCAAACGAUACGAAAAAUAAGAAAACAAGUGGUUAUAAGUUCAAUGUUCUUUUAACUACAUACGAAAUGGUUCUUGCCGAUUCAACUCAUUUAUGUGGGGUCCCGUGGGAAGUACUUGUGGUCGACGAAGGUCAUCGGUUAAAGAAUUCAAGUAGUAAGCUUUUUAGUUUGCUUAACACCUUUUCGUUCCAACAUCGUGUGCUAUUAACGGGAACGCCCUUACAAAACAACAUAGGCGAAAUGUAUAACUUGUUAAAUUUCUUGCAACCAGCUUUGUUUCCAUCGUUGUCAGCGUUUGAGGAUCGAUUCAACGAUCUUUCGACUGCCGAAAAGGUUGACGAGUUGAAGAAACUUGUGGCCCCACAUAUGCUUCGCAGGCUUAAGAAAGAUGCGAUGCAAAAUAUUCCCCCAAAAACCGAACGUAUCGUUCCUGUUGAGCUGUCCUCGAUUCAAGCGGAAUAUUAUCGGGCAAUGUUGACCAAGAAUUAUCAGGUUUUGAGAAACAUCGGGAAAGGUAUACCUCAACAAUCGAUGUUGAAUAUUGUUAUGCAAUUGAGAAAGGUUUGUAACCACCCGUAUUUAAUCCCGGGAACCGAACCGGAAUCGGGGACGGUAGAGUUUCUUCAUGAUAUGCGUAUUAAAGCAUCGGCUAAGUUGACUUUGUUGCAUUCGAUGCUCAAAAUCUUGAAAAAGGAAGGCCACCGAGUGUUGAUUUUUUCACAAAUGACUAAACUUCUAGAUAUUCUUGAGGAUUAUUUGAACAUUGAAUUUGGUUCGAAGGCGUUUGAACGAGUCGAUGGUUCGGUUUCUAUUGCGGAUCGACAAAUGGCGAUCCAACGGUUUAACAACGACAAAAGUCGGUUUGUGUUUUUAUUAUCUACAAGAGCGUGUGGACUCGGGAUCAAUUUAGCAACUGCGGAUACUGUUAUAAUUUACGAUUCCGAUUUUAACCCGCAUGCCGACAUUCAAGCAAUGAAUCGUGCGCAUCGAAUCGGUCAAUCGAACAGGCUUCUUGUAUACAGACUCGUGGUUCGCGCAAGCGUUGAAGAACGGAUUUUACAGUUAGCGAAGAAGAAGUUGAUGCUUGAUCAACUUUUCGUAAACAAAUCGGGAUCUCAAAAGGAAGUUGAGGAUAUUUUAAGAUGGGGAACCGAAGAACUGUUUAACGAUUCUUCUACGCAAUCGGGAAAAGACGGUGAUAACGAUGGAAACAAAGGGGGGGAAAGUGUAAUUACGGAACACAAGAACAAAAGGCGUACCGGAGGUUUGGGUGAUGUGUACCAAGAUAAGUGUACAGACGGGAAUUCGACGAUUGUUUGGGAUGAAUCGGCUAUUUUGAAGUUGCUUGACCGGUCAAACCUUGAAUAUGUUUCGUCUGAAAACGGUGAAGGUGAUUUAGAAAACGAUAUGCUUGGAUCUGUGAAGUCAAUGGAUUGGAACGAUGAAUCGACUGAAGAACAAGGAGGAAGUGAAGCACUUGUGGAUGUAAUCGAUGAUGCUACGGCACAGAAUUCAGAAAAGAAAGAUGAUAAUGAUAAUUCGGGAAAUGUUGCUGAAGAAAACGAAUGGGACCGGCUUCUUAGAGUCAGAUGGGAAAAAUACCAGAGUGAGGAAGAAGCGGCUCUUGGUCGAGGAAAGAGGCAAAGAAAAGCCAUUUCGUACCGGGAAGCAUAUGCUCCACGCCCUAUCGAGACACUUGAGAAUGGUGGUGGGGAAGAGCCUGAACCGGAACCUAUGCGGGAAUAUACACCGGCAGGACUAGCUCUGAAAACUAAGUAUUCUAAGCUUCGAGCGAGACAAAAACUAAGGCUGGCUCAGAUGAAAGCGAUCAAAGAAUCCCUUCUCAACGGAGGUUCGGAUCUAAUGUGGAGAUUAGAUCAACCAACUACCCAAAAACCAUCAACCGAAGAUGACCCAACGAGCAAGGCGCCAAAUAGAACUGCGGUUCUUGGGCUAUGUGCUCCAAAUUCGAAGUUGAUGGAGUCAUCUCAGAGGAAUGCGUCUAAAUCUAACAAGAAAAACAAACACGCAAUGAGUCUCGAGUUCCCGUUUCACCUUGCCCCUUGCUCUGUGGCUGGGACCUCGACUGAUGCGGAUGCUAAACCGAACGGAACGAUAGCCAGCAAAACUAGUGUAUCUCCAUUUAAUCCGCAUGUUGCUUCCGAGAGUUCCGGUGAUGGUUUGCUGCAUUCUCAUGAAAAGAUGGUGUUGCCGAGAAUACCCUUUGACGAGUCGUUUUUGUCAAAGUUACCAUUUCCGGUCAAAAACUUCGGUCAACACCAAGUUGACUAUUUUCCGAACCUAUCUUUAGGAAGAUUGGCCGGAGGGGAAUCAAGUGCGCCUCUUCAAGAUUUCCUCACAAUCCCGUUCUUGCCCAAUUUUAGGUUCCCACAACAAGAAAUGGAAGCAUUGAAGUUGGGGUUGGAUCAAAUGGCGCCCUCAUCUUCGUCUUUACCAGAAAACCACCGGAAGGUUCUAGAGAACAUAAUGAUGAGAACCGGUUCCGGUCCAGGAUUGGGUAAUGUAGUAAAUAAACGGAAGCUCGCUCAAGAUUUUUGGUCAGAAGAAGAACUCGAUUUUUUGUGGAUCGGUGUUCGUAGACAUGGACGGGGUAGUUGGGAGACCAUGUUGCGGGACCCGCGACUUAAAUUCUCGAGAUUUCGGACUUGGGAAGAUUUGGCGGCAAGAUGGGAAGAGGAACAGGUUAAGGUAUUGGAUAUCCGGACUCCAAAGCAAUCCAACGUUUCAAAAUCGUCUUUGAAAUCUCCAUCUCCGGGUUUUCCGAACAUUUCCGAUGGAAUGAUGAAACGGGCGUUACAUAGAAGUAGAUUUGCUGUGGGCCCGGGCCCGGGCCCGACAAGUUUCCCGCCGCAUUUGAUGGAUAUGAAACUGGCUCUCGAUGGUCCUUCAACUUCUAUGGAAAGUCCAGAUCAGCAUGGCGGGUUCCCACCGUUCCCGAUGAGGAUUUCCGACAGAUUACGGGCUGGGGAAUCUUCAACCGAACCCGUUAUUCCAAACCCGUUUGGGCCCGUUAGUUUAGGAUCUCUCAAUUUGAAUGUGCAUGCUAAUGACGGUCCUAAAAUACCAAAUUUUGUUGAUAGCGUGUCUCGAUCAAAGAACGAGGUUGGUGCGAGUAGCUCUUCAGAUAAUAACAAAUUGCCACAUUGGCUUCGGGAAGCUGUAAGUGUGCCAGCUCAUCAACCGCAAGAACCCCAACUGCCACCGACCGUCUCCGCAAUUGCGGAAUCUGUUCGUUUGCUAUACGGAGACGAAAAGCGAACCAUUCCUCCGUUUAUUGCUCCGGGCUCGCUCCCUUUGCCGCCCAAAGAUCCACGCGAGAAUCUCAAAAAGAAGAAGAAAAGCAGCAGCAACAGCGGCAGCGGCAGCUCACAUGGUGUGCUCCACCACCAACCGCUAGAUGACAAACAAGUUGCGUCUACUUCCGGAAGUAAGGCGGUACCACCACCGGAGCAUCUGAAGUCAACGUCCGAACCAUCUUGGACUGAACCGGACCUCAAUGCACCACCACCGCCACCAUCACCGCCAGUCGACCAAGAUAUGGAAGUGGACCCGAAACAGAAGGAGAGCGUGAGUGAGGGAUCGGGCCCGGGAAAGAGCCAGUUGGAUCCAACGGCUAAGGAUGUUCCAUCAGAAGAGACGUUGGAUCAUGAAGGUGGCGAUGAAUCUUGAUGAGCGGGGCUUCUAUUUUUGUAGGCGUAUGUUGCGGUCAGGAAGCGAUUUAAAUAUAGGAUUUUGUUUUUUAAAUUUGUGUAAGAAAAAAAAAUGUUGAAAUAUAUGAUAUUUGCCUAUAUACUGUAAAUCCAUGGAUUUGAGGUGUUCUGCUGCACAGGAAUGGGCAUAUUAGUAAUUUAGAGUUGAUUGUUUUUACUUUCUUUAUGUUGAUUUAUAAAACUUAUAUUAAAAUACAAAGAUUUUUUAUUUU